ACCGCCGCCACCGCCUCCGCCUCCCCAAAACCCUGCCUCUGCCACUGCCGCAGCCGCCAUGGCGCUCUCGAUGGAGGUGGUGAAGAAGGUGGCGAUCUCCUACGCCUACGUGGCCAUCUGGAUCUCCCUCUCCUCCGCCGUCAUCGUGUUCAACAAGUACAUCCUGGACGCCAAGCUCUACGCCUGGCCCUUCCCCAUCUCCCUCACCAUGAUCCACGUGGCCUUCUGCUCCUCCUUCGCCUACCUCCUCGUCCAGGUCUUCCAGGUCGUCAAGCCCGUCACCACCAUGACCGGCCAAUUCUACCUCAAGAACGUCGUCCCCACCGGCGCCCUCUACGCCCUCUCCCUCUGGUUCUCCAACUCCGCCUACAUCUACCUCUCCGUCUCCUUCAUCCAGAUGCUCAAGGCCCUCAAGCCCGUUGCCGUCUACUCCAUCGGCAUCUCCCUCAAGAAGGGGACCUUCAGAUCGAACACCAUGGCCAACAUGAUCUCGAUAACCCUAGGCAUCGCCAUCGCCGCCUACGGCGAGGCCAAGUUCGACGCCUUCGGGGCGUUCCUGCAGCUCGGUGCGGUGGCGUUCGAGGCCACCCCCCUAGUCCUGAUCCAGAUACUCCUCACCUCCGCCGGGAUCACGCUCAACCUGAUCACGUCGCUCUACUACGUCGAGCCGUGCUGCUUCGUGUUCCUGACCUUGCCGUGGGCAGUGAUGGAGAUGCCGAGGCUGAUCCGGACGUCGACCUUCCACUUCGAUUUCCUCGUCUUUGGGAUGACCUCGCUGUGCGCUUUCGCACUGAACCUGGCGGUGUUCCUGCUCGUGGGGAAGACGUCGGCACUCACGAUGAAGGUGGCGGGGGUGGUCAAGGACUGGCUGCUCACCGCCUUCUCGUGGUCGGUCAUCAAGGACACGGUGACCCCGGUGCCGGUGAACCUGUUCGGGUAUGCCAUCGCAUUCCUCGGGGUGGCCUACUACAACCACGCGAAGCUCUAGGCGAUGAAGGCCGCAGA